CACUCCCAGUGACGUAAAAGGCGCGUGCUUUAAAGAUGGCGGCGUCUGUGCAUGUCGGAAGUAACACUAGUGUUUUCAUUAGCACUCAGCUAAAGUCUAAAGUUUAGAAAACUGUUUCGACUCGAUUGGACGGAUCACCGCUCACGUCGAUAAACUGCACCAGGACCUGUCAGAAAAAGAAGUGGGAGAGGGUUUGCUAGCUGGUUAGCAGUGUAGAGGCUGUGUCUACACCCGCCCACUACUGAAACCUUACCGCGCGUAUUUGCAUGAAGUUUUAACGGUGUUUAGUUUCAGCAGUUUGUGUUUUUGUGAAUGUUACCUAGUCUCUUGCGCUAUCAAGGUUGACAAUUAGAUAAGCGAACUUUUCUUCCUGGCAGCUAGCUGUUUAAUUUAGCGUAGCUGACAGGUCCAUAUGUGACCUUUGCUGUGGUUACUACUUCCGAGCGAACUAUCGAGAACUUUUCUGCCACUGCAAGUUGUCUGGUUGUUGCACUUUAUGAAUUGGGGAGCACCUUGUAAUUAGUUCUUUCGUUAUUUAAAGACAACUUUGCUAGCUUGGUAAUGCUUCUGUAGAACUGGGCGAACUUUUAGCUAGCUAGUUGGCAAGCUAGCAAACUAGCUAAACUGACAGGUGGGCAGCUGUCUUCUUAUAAUAGCUACUAGACCUGUUAUAAAGCUAGGUUCUAUUCUAUACCUGUCAGGGUGGUCAUAGGGAGGAUAAUAUAACAUAUUUGGUGAAGUAUUUCCAUAGCUGAAAAUUCUGUUGGUCUGUAUAAUAAUGCAUUGAAUAAGUCGUAUAUUACUACCCAAGUGAACCUUUUUCUAGUUAAGGCUAGUUUUGCAUUAUUCCACUUCUCCUGGAUUAUUCAGCCCAUCAAUAUCUGGAAAACAAAAAGCUUUAAGAGUUGAAUGAUCAAAAAAAUACAGGCCCCUAACAAUUUAAUGCAGAGGGACAGUUUUCUUUCUUUCUUUUUUGUGGGAGCUGCCUGGAAACUUUUCUUUCCUAAGGUCCCUUUGGGCACACUGACUACUGCUUAGCUAGGUGGGAAGCUGUAUCAUUUUUUGUUGUUGUUUAUUUAUUUAUUUUUUUUUUAUAAUACCGGUCAUUAACCUGUGUCAUAUUAUUAUAUACCUGUGAGAGAGAAGAUAUAAUAAUAUAAUGACUUGGGUAAAGAAAUGAGAUAUUUCCAUAGCAGAACUUUCUGAUAAUUCUACCAUUUGGGAUGUCUGUAAUCAGAAGAGACUAGGUUCCUGCAUUAUUCAACCCAUCAGCACCCGGAUACAAGAAAUCUUCAAGCAGAUUUGCCCUCCCUGACAGGUUAAUGCACUGGUGCAGGUUUUCACCCAGACGGUUUUCGUUGGCUAGGGUCUCUUUGCAUCCACUGUCUACUCGGGACCCCUACGAUCCUCCUUAUCGUUCUCCUGUUUACACACAUUCGGACAGAACCACUAGAGUCGCAAACGUUUGUCACUAGAAUGACACUCCCUACUUUAAGGACAUUUCUCUGCUGUCGAAAUCCAGUCGUGACUAUUAUCAACGGGAGCGGUCGUCUGUAUUUCCAUCAGACCGACGUGUGUAAAGAUGCUUUACAGGCUGACUGUGGUUUCAAACCUUCAAAAGUUGCAGUGGUGACUAAAACCACACGAUAUGAAUUCGAGCAGCAGAGGUAUCUCUGCGCUGGACUGUCGGAAGAGCCUCUCAAACAGCUGCUUGCCUUGAAGGGAUCCAGUUACAGUGGACUUCUGGAAAGGCACAACAUUCACACGCGCAAUGUUGGACACAUAGUGAACAAUCUGCAAAAGCAAGGCAUGGAGGUCCGUGUGGUUAAAAGAGGAGAGUAUGAUGAAGACACAGUCAGAUGGGCAGAUGCUAUUGUGUCUGCUGGAGGUAGGUUCGUUUGUGCUGAUGAAUCAGGAGGGGAAAAAGGUGAUGGCACCAUGCUGCUGGUUGCUAGUAAAGUGUUUGAUAAGAACAAACCUGUAAUUGGAGUCAACACUGAUCCAGAACGGUCUGAGGGCCAUCUGUGCUUGCCUGUACACUAUACACAUGCAUUCUCUGAAGCAUUACGAAAACUUAAGAAGGGAGACUUCAGGUGGCAGUGGCGCCAGCGAAUCCGCAUACACUUGGAGGGCACAGGGAUCAACCCCACUCCAGUGGAUCUGCACGAGCAGCAGAUGAGUUUAGAGCAACACACCAAAGCACACCGCAUCACCACCAACUCCCAGCACAGAAGAACACAUGAAACCUACAAUUCACCUUACUUACUUCCUGUCCGAGGACUCAAUGAAAUCUUCAUCGGAGAGUCCCUCUCCUCCAGGGUGAAGUAUAAAUCCUUCAAACCCCAUCUUACCCUCUCGCUCCAUAGGGCUUCCUACUAUGAGAUCUCCAUUGAUGAUGGACCAUGGGAGAAGCAGAAGAGCUCAGGACUUAGCGUUUGCACUGGAACUGGAUCCAAAGCCUGGUCUUAUAAUAUUAAUAAACUUGUGGAACAGACUGUGGAGGAUGUCCUUCGAAUAGGCAAAGAAAAAACUGCUUUGGAUAUUCCACUAAACCAGGAAGUCAUCAGAAGCGUGACUGAGGCAUACAAUGAAGCGCUCAUAUUCAGUCCAGAGGAGAACAGAGUUUUCUUUAGUGUCCGAGAGCCCAUCGUCAACAGAGUAUUUUCCAACAGCCGCCAAAGAGGAUUUGCAAGCAAGGUGUGUGUCCGCUCAAGGUGCUGGGACGCCUGCAUGGUGGUGGAUGGAGGAACAUCCUUUGAGUUCAACGAUGGUGCUAUUGCCACUAUAAGCUUACAUGAGGAGGACCUGCUGAAAACGGUUCUGCUUGAUGAUUGAACUCAUGAACGUAGUUUAGCAUCGGAACUGCAUCAUCAAGCCUGGACAGGAAAUGAUCGCUGACGUAAGGUCAGAAACGGGUUACUGUUACAACCUGAAGGCUCAUUAUGUUUGAGAUGAAAAUGAACUUGUACUUUUAUAGUUUUACAGGUAGGAUAAGAAUCUUUGUGGUGUUGAUAUGAAAUCCCUGAUGGUUGCCUCAGGUGGAAAUUGAUGCAUUUGCUCAGGAAGAAUUGUCUUGGAUUCUAGCCCAGACAAAAUGUCAUGCGUUUUGUUGCCAUUAUUCUCCACUAUUAAGAAGAAAUCUAUAUAAAUCUGCAAGUAGAUCAAUUUUGUUUGCACUUUUGGAUUGCUGCCAUGCAAAUGUGAAUAUAAGCAGGACAUGCAGCAUUAAACAUCCAGGGGUAUGUGUGGUUAUGGUGAUACGUUCGCUAGUUGAUUUUUGGUACACGAUGCAUAUUCCAAAAUGUAAUGCCAACAAAACAGUAUAGCCACAUGAUGAAUCACGUUUGUUCCAUCAUAACUACUUAAUGCAAAAAAAAUUUUUAUACCCAGUCAACCGAUUUUUCAUCUGCUCACAAUAUUUUCUAAAGACUUUACUAAAAUAGAAACCAAUUAUUAAUGUAAACUAAAGUGAUCAUGACAAGUAUUUGGUAAAUAUGAAUAAAUUAAUGCGGUAAACACAUGCAAAUGUUAGCUCUCCACUGGGCCAGAUCCACUCCUGUGUUAACAAGCUUAGCAGUUUUUGUUUUGUUUUACAAGUUUCAAAUCACUUAUCACUGGUGUGUCCACAAAGUUUUUUGGGUCCUGUCAGAUCCCAGUUCUGAUACACAGCUCUAGUUUACAUUUUCAGUUGGUCAGUGUUACUGAAGUACUGAUUAUGUGAUAUUGUCAGAAAAGUGCAUAAUGGAAUCAUUUAUUGCAAUACUUCUGUACCAUCAUAUCACCCACCCCUAGUAUUCAAUCAUCUAGUAAUAAUAAAUGUAGGCGCAUGGAAUUGUUUGCUUUUCCGCUCCUCAAAGGGGACUUGUUCGAAAUUUGUGAAGUCGUUCAGUAGAAUUGAUGAAACCCUUCAGGUGAGUGACUCAAAUAGAACUGGAGUUGCUCGGAUGUACUGAAAUAAGACAUUCAGCCCUGAAUCAGUUCAUUUACACCACUUAGUGGCCACGUGGUACAAAAUAUAGUAUUAUGAGUUAAGAAGCCCAUGGUAUUGGCAGAUCAGAGCAUUACACGUUGUAUUGCUGCACUAAACUGUUCUUGUUGGAAAGGAGUGUGCCAUAGUAAGUUUUGUUUAGAGAAAAGACAACAGUGGUGUGUCUAAUUGUGUUGCUGGUUUCUUUAUAAAAAAAUAAAUAAAAUAAACUUG